UUUGCAACUCCCCUCUACCCAUAAUCGUCACCGCUCCUUGAGUCACCUCCAUUCGUCAUCGGAGACAUCUGAGCAAAUUAUAAUGAUCAUAUCUUCUAUCGUGUUGAUCCAACUGUUGGCCUAUGGUGUACCACUGGUUCAAGCAGGUUCCUAUAUGGAGACCUACCAGAAGUACGAUGGGUUUAAUGAAGAGGGGAUUUACUGCAUCAUGACCGUUAAGGAAUUGACACAGGCGCGUUUGGUGGCCGAUAUUGAAUUGAGUAAUGGCGAUUAUGAUGACACAUGCAAUGACGUCGACUUCGACUACGAGAUCUCUACAUCCGGAACCACUAAUCGCACUACUGCUCUGCGGGAAUCCUAUAAGCUCCAGGCCAGUUCGUUGGGUGUUGCUGAUGACGACUGCCUCCAGGACCUCGCUAGUGACAUGAAUAUGGGUAGUCACUGUCGCUUCAAUGCCUACCCGAAAAACGGUCAUAUGAUCUUCGAGGCUUGCAAUAGCAGAUUCGACCUGUCUCCGAAAAGCUAACUCUCCAAGUUACUUGUGAUGAUGAUCUCUCGAGGCUUCACGAAUCUGUUGUAGCUGUCGCUUAGCAUUUUAUAUCACUCGACACUUAUCAGACGAGGAUUCAUGAUCCAUACCGCUUACAUCCUCCCUUCGUAUACUCAUAACUCGACUUCUCGUGAAGUAGUAAUGGACUUGUCGGAUUACAAGAUAUGUCUAUGAUGCGUGCGAUAUUCGAUUCUGAUUUGUGGUGCAUAUCGCGCAGUCCGUCUUUGGGUCUCGUUAUAUUUUGUUGAUCUCAUGUAAGUAAUUUUUUCCGGUCACUAUAAGUAUUCAUUCCAUCACUAUAGCUCCCAUGUGGAUUCCAGUCCUAGUAGAGAGAGCGAUGUUGGGCUGUAGGAGAGUGCCUCGUCGAUAGUGUUGAGGAGUUUACCGAGGAGGGAGAAACCAUGACGCAAUAGUACCAAUCGGUGGUGAUUUACACAAUUCUUGUUGAUGAUUCGCCUCAUCGAUCAUUAGCUAUGAUCAUUCUACCUGCCUUGUUCUUUGACUCAUUGCCAUACCCAC